UUAGUAACUUUUAUCCUAUAACGUAAACAAUUUUCAGCUUUCAGUUGACAUUGAAGAGAACAUUUUUGUACAUUAUAAAUAAAAGAUUGAAAUACUUCUUAUCAUGGCCUUGAGUAAACAUAGUAUGACAUACAAAUUAGUUCAGUCUUAACUGUUAUAGUUAUGAGCAUCAUCUAUCAUCUGCUCAUUUUUGUAUCCAAUUUCAAUAAUGGCGACACUUGCUAAUAAUGACGCAGACAUUAAAAAAUCUCCUGGAAAUGAGUUUACAUUUGGAGCAUUGGCUGCAGUAGGAGCUGGAUUUUUCACAAAUCCAGCGGAAGUUAUUAAAAUACGCCUCCAACUCCAGGGAGAAUUAGCAGCUCGUGGAUCUUACAAAAAAAUUUAUAAAAAUAGUUUUCACGCAGCAUUAAUUAUAACAAAAUAUGAAGGAAUAUUUGCUCUUCAAGCAGGAUUGGUACCUGCACUGGCAUUUCAAGUAGUUUUAAAUGGAAUUAGAUUAGGAAUGUAUAACUCUGCAAAAAAUAGCAAAUUAAUUUUGAAUACAGAAGGGAAUACAGAUAUUUUAAAAACUAUUUUGGUCACUGGAGUAUCUGGUUCUUUAGGUGCAGUGUUAGGGAGUCCUUUAUUUAUGGUGAAAACUCAACUUCAAGCUCAAUCUGCUCAAUGCAUCGCUGUUGGUCAUCAACACACUUAUUCUGGAACAUGGGCAGCAUUUAAAUCUUUAUGGAAAGAAGGAGGUUUUUCAAGUUUAUAUAGAGGAUGGUAUGCCAAUAUUCCAAGAGUAUUUGUUGGUUCAGCAACUCAAUUAACUACAUUUGGUCUUGUAUCAGAUAUUCUAAAAACCUAUCAAAUAUUUACAGAUCGGCCAAUUUUAUUAACUUUUACAGCUUCCUUGAUUGGAGGAAGUUGUGUUGCUUUGACAAUGCAACCAUUUGAUGUAUUAGCCACAAGGCUUUAUAAUCAAGGUGUUGAUGUUAAAGGAAAAGGUUUGUUGUACAGCGGACUUGGUGAUGCAUUUUUCAAAAUAUUUAAGACUGAAGGAGUAAUCGGCUUUUAUAAAGGGGUAUUUCCAACGUGGAUGCGAAUUGCUCCACAUACAGUUUUAUGUUUAGUAUUUUAUGAGAAAUUAGUUCAAUUAUUUUAAAAUUACCGUAACUAACAUAAGAAAAUGAAUAGCGACAUUUUUUCAAAAAUUAACAAAAAAUUAUUAUUCAAGUACUUAUGUACUUAAGAGGAAUGUAUACCUGCAUCUAUGUAUUUUGUAAAUAACAAAGAAUUUCAUCCAACUCUUGAUAAAACCAUUUUAAAUAAAUGUGUAAUUAAUGUAAAGAUAAUAAUAUUAAAUUGAUAGAAAUUGUUUAUAAAAAUAGCUAAU